GUCUGGGGUUCAUCGGGCUGUCGUUGGGUGUGAACCUACUGGUGACCCAGAAGAUGAAGACCUACCAGUACCAGAUGAUGAAGGUCAAAGACGCCAGACUCAGGCUUAUGGGGGAGGUGCUCAACGGCAUUAAGGUGAUCAAACUGUACGGCUGGGAGCCUCUGUUCACUCAGAAGAUCUUGGAUGUCCGGAACACAGAGUUGAAAGUGUUGUUGAAGUACGCUAUUGUGGAUGCCGUUGACACGUUCUCAUACACAGCGUCUACCUUCUGGGCUUCUGUAGCCUUCGUCCCACAACAGGCGUGGAUUCAGAACAGCAGCAUAAAAACCAACAUUCAGUUCGGCCAAGCUUUUGACUCCAAGUUCUACGAACGGGUGCUGGAGGCGUGCGCCCUGAAGCCCGACCUUGCUAUGUUGCCUGCCGGUGAUAACACGGAGAUUGGGGAGAAGACCCGCAUCCUAGUGACACACGGCCUUCACCUCCUGCCCCGCGUAGACUACAUCGUGGUGAUGCACGAGGGCCGGGUGUCUGAGGCGGGCAGCUACGAGGAGCUCCUGAGUCACAAUGGCGCCUUCUCCCGCUUCCUGGUGCAGCACCUGGCCCAGGGCAACGCUGACGUCACCACCACCACCGAGGAUGACGUCUCGGAGGAUGACGCUGAAGAUGAGCCCAUGCGGAAGGAUAUGUUGCGCCGUCUGAGGUCUCUGACGUCAGAUGGAGAUGUCACAGCAGCAGACGACCAGCCGGAACCGCCCGCCAAAAUGUUGGCCAAAUUAGAUAGUUCAAAGAUAAACCGGCCAAAAGCCCUCAGCCUUUCAAGGCGAUCUCGGAGGAAAUCAGGCAGGACUC